GGUUAUUGUUUGUUUGGGUUUGAGCAAAACUUUUUAAGUUUAUCAAAUUUAAAUAAAUAUAAAUGAAAUAGCAAAGAUGCCCAAACCAACCUGUGUUCAAUGUAACACAAAUGACUCCUUGCUGUGGCGAAGCGCGGAGAACGGUCAAAUAUGCAACGAAUGUCAUCUAGCAAAUACCGCGAGUAAGGAUAUGAGCGUAGACGUUAGUAUUAUAAAAAGCGAAGCAGAAAAAGAAGAAAAAGAGGUGGAUGAAGGUAAAAAUGGGAAGACGGAGAGUGAGUCUACUCCCGCCAAAGCUACGGGUAAAGGUACUAGGAAGAGUACUCGAGCGACGAGGUAUAAGCCUAAGACACCAGCAGCUCCCGCGCCUCCUAAGCCACCAGCCCCUCGUGGCCGAGGUCGUAGAAGUAUAUUCAAGAGACAACCUUUAAAAGCACCGACCGCUACAGCCACUGUUGUCACUAGCGAUUCCAUUUUUUACAAGGGAUCAUACAUGCAAGUAGGUGACAUAGUAUCCAUGCUUGACGUGCACGGAGACACAUACUAUGCCCAAAUCCGGGGUUUCCUCACGGACCAGUAUUGUGAAAAGAGUGCUGUUGUUACCUGGCUUCUGCCGACGAGAGCCAGUCCACCGCCGGAGAAGGGUUUCGAUCCAGCUACUUAUAUUAUUGGGCCUGAAGAGGAAUUGCCGCGAAAAUUAGACUACAUGGAGUUUGUUAUGCAUGCUCCUUCAGAUUAUUAUAAAGCAAGCAACACACCUUAUGCUAUGACUGAUAAUGAACUUAAUAAUUGUACAGGAUUCAUAUGGAGCUCAUUGGAACCAAAAGAAAAAACAUAAUUAGUUGUAGGUGUCCUGGCAUGCCUAGAUGGCUACAUGAAUAUAGCGCUAGAACAAACGGAAGAAUAUGUAAACGGUCAAUUGAAAAACAAAUAUGGUGAUGCAUUUAUCAGAGGAAAUAAUGUUUUGUACAUCAGCACAUCUAAACGGAGAUAAUAUGUAAUUUUUUCUUAAAUAAAUAAGUUUCAAUACAAAA